AUGGUUGGUAUCAGGACUCUCUCCAUCAUGGAUAUCGACCAUGUUCCCAUCCAUGUCAAGUCAGAGAUCCAGCAGUUCUUCGAGCUGUACAAGUCCCUGGAGGCCAAACCCGGGAAGCCCAAGUGGGUGAAGAUCCGCUCGUGGGGAGACCGAGAACAAGCUCUCAAGGAGCUUAAGGACUCCAUCGACCUCUACGAGAAGUCGAUGGCAAGAAAUUCGUUCCUCCGUUGCCUGCACUUUGUCCUCGUCCUCGUCCUCGUCCUCGUCCUCGUCCUCGUCCUCGACAAGGAUUCCACAAAAGAUGAACCUCUUCCUCCUGUUGGUAACGUUUACGAGCUCACCCCCGAACUCUGCAGCCUGCGGGAGGGAGCUCCUAGAGGUGUCUGCUCUGCCUACGUAGAGGUGAAGAAAGGAGACGCAAACAAGUACGAAUGGGACAAGGACACAGGUUUCCUUACACUUGAUCGAGUGCUCCAUAGCUCGAUUUUCUAUCCUGGUGAUUACGGUUUCAUCCCACGCACUCUUUGCGGCGAUGGCGACCCAAUCGACGUUGUCAUUCUCUCCAACUUUUCUCUCACUCCAGGAGUUCUUUGCGACGUUCGCGUGGUCGGCGCUCUUGACAUGGCGGAUGAGAAGGGCGAAGAUCAAAAGCUGCUCGCAGUUGUUGACUCGGAUCCUCGUUGGAAUGAGAUUCAAGACCUUGGGGAUGUUGAGGAGCACAUCAAGAGGGAGAUUGCUCAGUUCUUUGAGACGUACAAGGAGCUGGAGAACAAGCCGGCCAUCGUCAGCCCCUUGUGCAGCCCGCAAGUUCGUCCUGGAGAGGCUCCGCUUGCUCCUCCUCUUGGAUCUUUCCAUCCUCGCAAGAAGACCAAGUUCGCCAUCAUUAAGGGCUGGGUGGACAAGGCUGGAGCUCUCAAGCUGUUGGAGGCUGCUCAAGCUGCUUUCAUGUCGACGGGAACGAUCGAAAGAGAGGGAGACGAGGACGAGGACGAGGACGAGGACGAGGACGAGGACGGGGACGGGGACGGGGACGAGGAUAAGGACGAGGACGAGGACGGGGACGAGGACGAGGACGAGGAGCAGCGCUCCUACUGUUUGUCACGCGAUAGUGAGAGCACCGAGGAACACCAACGUCAAGUACGAUGUUCUGCCCAAGACAGGACUGUUGAAGGCAGACAAGGUUCUUCAUUCUGCUGUUGUUUACCCGGGAGAUUUUUGCUCCCUUCCUCAAACACUCGCUGA